UUGAAAGAUGAAGAGGUGGAGAACGGGGAUCUGAUUAACACCAGAGAGAGACCAGACUCUCCCUCUGACAGCAGGAAGAGUCCUUCAGGGGAAUCAGACCCAGAGAUGCCCAAAGCAACAGGAGGACGUCACUGCUCCCACUGUGGAAAGAGUUUUACAAAGUUAGGGAGCCUGAAGAAACAUGAGAGGACACACACAGGAAAAAAGACUUUCCAAUGUUCCCAGUGUGGAAAAGGUUUUCUUUGGUUAUAUCACCUGAAUAGGCAUGAGAGGACACACACAGGAGAAAAACCUUUCCAAUGCUCCCAUUGUGGAAAAAGUUUUAACGAAUUAGGGUACCUAUUAAUACAUAAGAGAAUACACUCUGGAGAGAAGCCUUACCACUGCUCCAAAUGUAGAAUGACUUUUACCUGGUUAGGGAGCCUUAAAACGCAUGAGAGAAUACACACUGGAGAAAAUCCUUUCCAAUGUUCCCACUGUGGAAAGAAUUUUACCCAGUUAGGGAACCUAAAUCGGCACAAGAGGACACACACAGGAGAGAAGCCUUACCAAUGCUCUCAGUGUAGAAAGAGUUUUAGGGGUUUAGUGAGCCUGAAACAGCAUAAGAGAAUACACACAGGAGAGAAGCCGUAUCACUGUUCCCAGUGUGGAAAGAGUUUUAGAUGGUUAGGGACUUUGAAAAUGCAUGAGAGGACACACACAGGAGAAAAACCGUACCAAUGCACCAUGUGUGGAAAGAGAUUUACCCAGUUAAAGUCCAUGAAAUUACAUGGGAGAAUACAUACAGGAGAGAAGCCUUACCACUGCUCCCACUGUGGAAUGACUUUUACCUGGUUAGUAAACAUGAAAACUCAUGAGCGAAUACACACAGGAGAGAAGCCUUAUCAAUGUUCCCAGUGUGGAAAGAAUUUUAGGGGUUUAGUGAACCUGAAACAGCAUGAGAGGACACACCCGCAAGAAAAGCCUUACCAAUGCUCCCUGUGUGGAAAGAGUUUUACAAAGUUAGGGGGUCUGACAAGGCAUGAGAGGACACACACAGGAGGGGAUAAGACGUAUCACUGCUCCCUGUGCGGAAAGACAUUUAACAGGUUAAGGCAUCUGAAUAAGCAUGAAAGAAUACAUACACAGGAGGAGACAACAUACCACUGCUCUCAUUGUGGAAAGACAUUUUCCCAGUCAGAGGACCUGAAAGCACAUGAGAGAAUAGAGAGGCUUUGUUCUGACUUGUGUUUUUGACUGAGAAUUUGUGUUUUUGUACAUACCACAUGAAAUCAUAUUGUUUAUAUGAAGUCUAAAACAAAAUAGGUUUACUUAAAAAAAUGUUUGUUUCGUUUCUAAAAUGAGAUUUAAAAAAAAAAAAAGAUGUACAUUGAUAUUUUGUAUACAAGUAUACAGGUUUCAGGCUCAUACAGCGCAGGUGCAUAAUUUUCCACGAUAGUAAGUAAGUAGCCUUGCAGGAGCCUUGGCUUGUCUGAUCCAGAACAGCUCAUAGUAACAGGAGCCUAUCUCCUGUUUCUGUACAGGACUCUAGUCUAUACAUUACCACAGUAUAGUAACAGGAUUCUAGUCUAUACAGUACCACAGUAUAGUAACAGGAGUCUAGUGUAUACAGUACCACAGUAUAGUAACAGGACUCUAGUCUAUACAGUCCCACAGUAUAGUAACACGAGUCUAUCUCCUGGUUCUUUAGUGAGGCAUCUUGAUGUACAGUACUUCCCCUGGACAGGACUCUAGUCUAUACAGUACCACAGUAUAGUAACAGGGGUCUAGUCUAUACAGUACCACAGUAUAGUAACAGGAGUCUAGUCUAUACAGUACCA